UUUGCAACCGUUAUUUUGGCGUGAGUUACGAAAAUUAAAGAUGGCGACGAGCCGUCGCUCCAUGCUCCAAAAUGAACCAAGUUCUCCGUCUCACAACGAUCCUGGUCGAGAUUUAUUUGAAGCUUGUAGAAAUGGAGAUUUAAACAAAGUAAAGAAACUAGUAAACCAUCAUAAUGUGAACGCGAAAGAUACUGCUGGAAGAAAGUCGACCCCUCUUCAUUUCGCUGCAGGAUUUGGAAGAAAGGACGUUGUUGAGCAUUUACUGGAGUGUGGAGCUAACGUCCAUGCUAAGGACGAUGGCGGCCUAAUUUCUCUGCACAAUGCAUGCUCAUUUGGACAUGCAGAAGUGGUGCAGCUCCUGUUACGGAAUGGUGGUGAUGCAAACGCCCGUGACAACUGGAACUACACCCCACUACACGAGGCAGCAAUCAAGGGGAAGAUAGAUGUUUGUAUUGUCCUUCUACAACACUUUGCUGACCCCAACAUCCGUAACACAGAUGGCAAGAUGGCAGUUGACCUUGCUGACCCUUCGGCCAAAGCUGUACUCACUGGUGAGUACAAGAAGGAUGAGUUAUUGGAGGCGGCUCGUAGUGGGAAUGAGGAUAAACUCAUGUCUCUCCUCACCCCUCUCAACGUCAACUGUCACGCCAGUGAUGGACGUAAGUCUACCCCCCUACACCUAGCAGCGGGUUAUAACAGAACCCGUAUUGUGGCCCUUUUGCUACAACAUGGUGCCGAUGUCCACGCCAAAGACAAGGGAGGCCUUGUGCCACUCCAUAAUGCCUGUUCCUAUGGUCAUUUUGAAGUGACGGAAACACUGCUUAAGGCUGGAGCUAGCGUCAAUGCCAUGGACCUAUGGCAGUUUACCCCCCUCCACGAGGCAGCAUCCAAGUCCCGUGUGGAGGUGUGCUCUCUCCUCCUUGCCCACGGGGCCGACCCAACCCUUGUCAACUGUCACUCCAAAAGUGCUAUAGAUGUAGCCCCAACUAGGGAGCUGCAGGAGAGACUUCAAUAUGAGUUCAAAGGUCACUCAUUACUUGAGGGAUGCCGCCAAGCAGACCUCACAAGAGUAAAAAAAUAUAUGGAAGUGGUUAACAUAAAACACCCAUACUCUGGAGACACAGCAUUGCACUGUGCUGCCUCCUCCCCCUUCCCCAAGAGAAAACAAGUAGUGGAGCUCCUAAUCCGCAAGGGAGCUAACCUCAACGACAAAAACAAAGAUUAUGUCACCCCACUUCACAUAGCUGCCGACAAGGCACAUUACGACGUCAUGGAUGUCCUGCUGAAACAUGGAGCGAAGGUGAAUGCCCUCGACAGUCUUGGACAGACAGCUUUACAUCGUGUGGCCCAGCAGGGUAACAUGCAGGCAUGUCGCCUCCUCAUGUCCUACGGUGUAGACCCUGCCAUUGUCUCUCUCCAGGGUUACAUGGCUGCCCAACUCGCCACGGAAAACAUCCAGAAAAUGCUAAAAGAAGACCCCCCAGUGGGUGGAACAGAUGUGGAUAUACAAUUGCUUGAGGCUGCCAAAGCAGGGGAUAUAGAAGUUAUUAAGAAACUAGUGUCAGCCAAUCCCCAGUCUGUGAACUGUCGAGACCUUGAUGGUCGACACUCGACGCCACUCCACUUUGCUGCUGGGUACAACAGAGUUGGUGUGGUGGAGUUCUUUCUACAGCAUGGUGCUGAUGUUCAUGCCAAAGACAAGGGCGGACUGGUACCAUUACAUAAUGCUUGUAGUUAUGGACAUUUUGAAGUCACAGAACUUCUUAUCAAUCACGGUGCUUGUGUAAAUGUUGCUGAUCUGUGGAAGUUCACACCCCUGCAUGAAGCCGCAGCCAAGGGCAAAUUUGAGAUUUGUAAACUACUCCUCAAGCAUGGCGCCGACGCUAAUAAAAAGAAUCGAGAUGGAAACACACCUCUGGAUCUAGUCAAAGAUGGGGAUCAGGAUGUAGCUGAUCUGCUUCGCGGUGAUGCGGCCUUACUUGAGGCAGCUAAGAAAGGUAAUUUGGCUCGUGUGCAAAAGCUUGCCUCACAGGAAAACAUAAAUUGUCGGGAUACACAAGGACGUAAUUCAACGCCUCUACAUCUUGCAGCUGGCUACAACAAUGUGGAGGUCGCAGAGUUUUUAUUAGAGAAUGGCGCUGAUGUUAACGCCCAAGACAAAGGAGGUCUUAUACCCCUCCAUAAUGCUUCCUCUUAUGGACAUGUAGAUAUUGCAGCCCUAUUGAUCAAGUUUAACACCUGUGUGAAUGCUGUGGAUCGAUGGGGCUUCACACCGCUUCACGAAGCAGCACAGAAAGGUCGCACACAACUCUGUGCCUUGUUGCUUGCACAUGGAGCGGACCCAACAAUGAAGAACCAGGAGGGUCAGACACCAUUAGACCUAGCAACCGCGGACGAUGUUAACGCUCUCAUACAAGAUGCUAUGCCGCCCACAACCCAGCCCCCUACCCUUCCCAAAUCACAGGUGACCAGUGUCAACACCACAGCCAACACAAACACGAGUAGUGCUAGUAGUUCGUCAAAUAACAGUUCAAUGUUCAACAGUACCAAUGAUAAUGGCACGGGGAUGUCAUCACUUGGAGCUACGGGAGGAAUCACACUUCCUGUGUCGCCCCAGGUGGGAGACGGUGCCAUGGAACGUACCAUGGCAGAGGGAGAGCGAAGUAUAGAAGGAGUUAGUGUGUCCUCAUUCUUAACCUCAGUUGGACUCGAUCAAUUACGAGAUAUUUUUGAGAAAGAACAAAUUACAAUGGACAUUCUUGUGGAAAUGGGCCAUGAUGAACUUAAAGACAUUGGUAUUAAUGCAUAUGGUCAUCGUCACAAGAUCCUCAAAGGUGUGGAGAAGCUCAUCUCUGGAAAUAAAGGUCAGUCGUCCAUAUUAGCAGCAGUCCCACAUCAAGGUACUGUCCUUGUUGAUUUACUGCCAGAUGACCCAGAGUACAUUUCUGUGGACGAACAGAUGCAAAGUACGAUACGAGAACACAAAGAAAAUGUAGGAGGAAUUUUUAACCGGUACAAUAUUAACAAGAUCCAAAAGAUAAGUAACAAGCGACUUUGGGGUAGAUACUGCCAUCGACGGAAAGAGGUGUCGGAGGAAAAUCACGGCCAUGACAAUGAACGCUUGCUGUUCCACGGUUCACCUUUCAUCAACGCAAUUGUACACAAAGGCUUUGAUGAGCGACAUGCUUACAUUGGGGGCAUGUUUGGGGCAGGUAUCUACUUCGCCGAGAACUCGUCUAAAAGUAACCAGUAUGUGUAUGGUAUAGGAGGAGGAACUGGCUGUCCUCUCCACAAGGACCGGUCCUGUUACAUCUGUCACAGACAGCUGUUGCUGUGUAGAGUGACACUUGGAAAGUCUUUCCUACAGUUCAGUGCAAUAAAGAUGGCUCACUCUCCGCCUGGUCACCACUCAAUUAUCGGUCGACCCAGCAGUGGGGGCCUCAUGUACCCUGAGUAUGUUGUGUACAGGGGUGAACAGGCCUACCCUGAGUAUCUCAUCAGCUUCCAGAUCCUAAAGCCGGAAAGUCCAGAAUCAUCAGCAACAGCAACCCCAAAGAAACCAUAGACAAGAGCACCUUCAUUGCAAUCAAAUCAUGACACAUUUUCCUCGGCCAAUUAUCAUGGACUUGUGAGGAUAUCUCUUCCUCAGCCAAUUAUCAUGGACUUGUGAGGACAUCUCUUCCUCGGCCAAUUAUCAUGGACUUGUGAGGAUAUCUCUUCCUCAGCCAAUUAUCAUGGACUUGUGAGGAUAUCUCUUCCUCAACCAAUCAUGGACUUGUGAGGAUAUCCUUCCUCAGCCAAUAUAUAAUCAUGGAUGUGCCAGGACAUCUCUUCCUCAGUAAACUAUAGAUGUCAUUGUUUUCAUUAUUAUUAAAGUCAGCUUUUCAACAGUGAAAACAAGAGCAGACAGAAAACUGGAAACAAAUCAAAUUGAUUUGUGAGACGACUGGUCUAUAUAUUAAGCAAAUCAGACUUAUUAGCAUUUUCAUCAUGCAGCUUUUGGCAUUGGUUCAAGAUAUAUCUCAAGAUGAUGUUUCAUGUAUUAUUACAGACUUGUUUUACUUCUAUACCAGAUGAUUCUGUAAUUUUUACAGAACACCGCCCUGGUUUGAGCUUAUCCAUCUGUGUCAUCAGCAAAUUCUCAUGAAAUAUCCAGUGGGAAACACCUGAAAUUUUCUUUCUCUAAAUUGUUUGCAGUUGAUUUUUUGAAUGUUGCAUUUUUAGGAUGACACAGAAGGGCAUUUUUUUUAAAUAGGUAACUGGCGUCGUUUUCAAUUAUUUUUUGCAAUCUGAUUAGAUAUGCAAAACAAACAAAUCACUGUAAACUGCUGUAAACCUGUUUUAAUUUAAAUUAUUAUCAUAAAUGAAAUUCUUGAUAUAAAAUGAAUUCUUAUAAAUCAUGUAUCUCUACAUUGUGUGAUGUUUCAUUUUGGUUCAGAUUAUCAAUACGUUCAAAACUUACAAGAUUAUUUUUUUUUAUUAUUAUUUUUUUUUUUUUUUAUAGAAAAUUAUGGAGGAAUUUUACAUUUGAAAAACCUGUUUGUUAACUGACGAUACGUUGUAUUUAAUAUCUCUCAAAGGGAGAACCUGUGCCAUUUCAUCACCAAAGCAAUUUUCGUUAUGUACAAGUAUAUAUAUUCUAUUUUUGAAUCUUAGUAUAAGGAGUUACAUUAUAGGGCAUUAGAUGAAAAAAAGUUUAUGUUUGCAUCCUCAUGUAAUGAAAUUGAUUCAUUUCCUACCUUGUACAUAUAGUCUACUGUAUAUAUUGUAAAUAUGUAUAAUGUGCUGUUUUAGUCAUUUCCCGUUAGAAUCUGCUCUAUGGAAAUGCAUAAUUUUCUUCAUCUUGCCAAAUCUUUCUGAGUGGUUAUCUCUGAAUGUCCAUCCAGACCAUACAUUGAAUCUCGUGAUAUUGACUAGAAAACAGUUUAUGAUACUCUUUACUUCACACAGUUUUAAUAUAAAAAGGAUAUCUUUGUGAGAGGAGUGUACCGAUACAUCUUGCCUCGGCCAUUUGUCCCACUGACAAAGGUGUAAUUACAGACUUUUCAAACAAAACAUCGGCUAACUAUGUUGGUAUUGCAAAUAAUAAAUGUGAUCAAUAACUUCUUUAUGAUGAUUAUUCAAUCUUUUUAUAUUGAUGAUUUGGGUGUUUUCACACAAAAAAACAUGUCGUACUUAACAAUAUCUUCAUUUUUUUUCAUUUUUUUUUCAAAACCAAAUUGCAGUGGUUACACCAUUCGGAGAACGUUUUAAUAGUUGAUUAUACAAGUCAAGUACUAGUCAUGCUUUUCUAGACUGGCACCCUUCCUUAAAUAUACACCAAGUUUUGAAAUUGCUUUUUAGGAGGAAGAAAGAUUUUUAUUUUGAUUAUCAAAAGUAAUAUGAUACUCUCGCUUUUAUGAAGUCUGUUAUUUCUCACAGCUGAAGAUACGUAACAUUGAUUAUAGCUUUUAUAUAAAUGUGUAAAAAAAGGUUUUGUGUGCAUAAAAUGCUGCACAGGUUAUAUUAUAUUGGCAUUAAUACUAGCCAUACUGCUAAGUAGUAUGACGAAGUUGAGCUGCUUUGUUGCCAUAUUUGACCUUUAGAUUAAAUAUUGUUUGCAAUGAAAUUGACAAAAAAUAGUAUUAUGCUCCAUAUAUUUCUGUAUAGUGUAAUCUGUUGCCUGUAGUUUGGAGGUUGUGAGUCAUUGCUGUAGGCAAAGGUGUAUGAAAAAAGUAUGAUUUUGUCUAGGGGUAUGAAACGGAUAGUUGUUUUGUCCAGGGGUAUGAAAGAGAGUGUGGUUUUGUCAAGGAGUAUGAAAUAAGAGUAUGGUUUUGUCCAGUGUAGGAGACAGAGUUUGUCCAGGGUAUGAAACAGCCUUUGGUUUUAUCCAGGGUUUGAAACAUAGUGCAGCCUUGUCCGGGGUUUUGAAACAUGGCAUGGUUUUGUACAGUGGUAUAAAAAUGAAAAUUGCACUGUCCAGAGGUUUGCAAUGAAAUGACAAAAAAUAGUAUUGUAGCCCCAUAUAUUUCUGUCCGUAUAGUGUCAUCUCUUGCUUGUUGGAGUUAAGUGGGAGGGUGGGAGUCAUUGUUGUAGGCAAAGAAAGGUGAAACAGAGUAUGGUUUUGUCCAGGGGUAGCAAAUGGAGUAUGGUUUUGUCCAGGGGUAGGAAACAGAGUAUGGUUUUGUCCUGGGGUAUGAAACGGAGUAUGGUUUUGUCCUGGGGUAUGAAACAGAGUAUGGUUUUGUCCUGGGGUAGAAAAUUGAGUAUGGUUUUGUCCAGGGGUAUGAAACAGAGUAUGGUUUUGUCCAGGGGUAUGAAAUGGAGUAUGGUUUUGUCCAGGGGUAGGAAACAGAGUAUGGUUUUGUCCAGGGGUAGGAAACAGAGUAUGGUUUUGUCCAGGGUUUGGAAACAGAGUAUGGUUUUGUCCAGGGGUAGGAAACAGAGUAUGGUUUUGUCCUGGGGUAUGAAACAGAGUAUGGUUUUGUCCUGGGGUAGGAAAUUGAGUAUGGUUUUGUCCAGGGGUAUGAAAUGGAGUAUGAUUUUGUCCAGGGGUUGGAAAUGGAGUAUGGUUUUUUCCAAGGGUAUGAAACAGAGCAUGGUUUUGUCCAGGGGUAUGAAACAGAGUAUGGUUUUGUCCUGGGGUAGGAAACAGAGUAUGUUUUUUUCCAGGGGUAGGAAACAGAGUAUCGUUUAGUCCAGGGGUAUGAAACAGAGUGUAGUUUUGUCCAGGGGUAGGAAACAGAGUAUGGUUUUGUCCAGGGGUAGGAAAUGGAGUAUGGUUUUGUCCAAGGGUAUGAAACAGAGUAUGGUUUUGUCCAGGGGUAGGAAACAGAGUAUGGUUUUGUCCAGGGGUAUGAAACUAGAGUAUGGUUUUGUCCAGGGAUAUGAAAUGGAGUAUGGUUUUGUCCAGGGGUAGGAAACAGAAUAUGGUUUUGUCCAGGGGUAUGAAACAGAGUAUGGUUUUGUCCAGGGGUAUGAAACAGAGUAUGGUUUUGUCCUGGGGUAGGAAACAGAGUAUGGUUUUGUCCAGGGGUAGGAAACAGAGUAUGGUUUUGUCCUGGGGUAUGAAACAGAGUAUAGUUUUGUCCAGGGGUAGGAAACAGAGUAUGGUUUUGUCCAGGAGUAGGAAACAGAGUAUGGUUUUGUCCAGGGGUAGGAAAUGGAGUAUGGUUUUGUCCAAGGGUAUGAAACAGAGUAUGUUUUUGUCCAGGGGUAUGAAAUGGAGUAUGGUUAUGUCCAGGGGUAUGGAACAGAGUAUGGUUUUGUCCAGGGGUAUGAAAUGGAGUAUGGUUUUGUCCAGGGGUAGGAAACAGAGUAUAGCCCUGUUCAAGGUUAUGAAAUGGAGUGUGGUUCUUCCAAGGGUAGGAAACAGUGGGGUUUUGUUCUCGGGUAUGAAACAGAGAAUGAUCAUCUCCUUUCUUCUGAAAUGUAGUUAUGAUAUAAAAUGUAUGUUUUAAUGUAAAAAGGGGGGAAAGUGAUGUUGACUGUCACGAGUGGGUUAACAACGUGAAUGUAACAUGUUGUCUGUAGUAUCAGUUACAGUAAUUUAAUUUUGUAUUGUAUAUAGUCCUAUAUACCAAUGUAUCCGUGUCUCUCUCUGCUGUUUUAAAUCUCUCCUCUACUCUCUUAACUUCAAUAUACAAUAUGCUUCCCAUGCAUCAUUUUGUCAGUGACAUGUUUUAAUGUAACUACUCAAUAAUAAACCAACUUUGUUGAAGUCCAUUA